UAUCCUGUGGCUGAGAGCUGGGCAGGGAGAAUCAACAUGGUGAUCCAUCAAUCUUCCUGGAAAGGGAAAGGGCUAAGGGGCAAAUUUUUGACAGAAAGGGGAAUUCUCCAUGGAAACCACAUCCUCCUGUGUUUGACGUCAGCCUAGGGCUUUUAUAAAAGGAGCCAGCAUGUGCCAGAAAGCAGGGCAGUGUGCAGGCUGAGUCUGGUGGGACGCUCGGAAAAGCUUCUCACAGCCACCACUUCUCCUGCUCCGCUGACCCACGCCUGGAGAUGUUCGCCAGCUCCGUUGUCCUUCCUGCCGUGUGCCUGACAUGGCUAAUGGUGAUAGUGGGAGGCAGACCCAGCCUCCAGCCGAGCCAGCAGCCACUGAGCGAGAAGGGAGUGGUGCUCCGACCCCCAGUGGAGGACACAUUACUCCGAUCCGUGCGUCAGGCUGCGGCGUCAGACACACUUGACCCUUGGGGCUGGGCUCGAUUCCUCGAAGUCACCAACAAGCACAAGGGUUCCCGCAGCCGGAGCAGGAAGGGCUCGUCCAAGGGCUGCUUCGGCCUCAGGCUGGACAGGAUUGGAUCCAUGAGCAAGUUCGGCUGCUGAGCACCAGCAGUAGAGUGAGGAAUUCAUGAAAAUCUCUGCCAUGGACUUCAGCAGGAGUUUCGGAAUCUGGCUGACCCCUGGUGCCAAUCUUGGACCAGAUCGAUACAACGGGAGUCAUUUGUCAAUUAGAUGACUGUUGUGUGUGUGUGCGUGUGUGUGUGUGUUUGUUUAUUCGAGUUGCCUGUUCUGGACACGUGGUCUGUGUUCUAUCGUUAUUUAUGUAUCAAAUAUUUAUGGUUAUUUAUAAAAUUCCUGCAAUCACUGUG